UGUUGUGCCUAAAAUCACCACCUUCUUUAAAAUGUCAGGAACAACAACAAUUGCAAAAACAAGGACAGAGUUGUUUCGAACUCGUCUUGGUUCUGCUCUAAGAACAACCUUAGCAUGCAGCAUAGUUGGUUGCACUGCCCUAUAUAGCCCUCAACCUAUAAAGGGUUACAUUAAAUUUCCAUCUAUUUCUUAUGUGACAACAAUUCUCAUAGUGUUGUCUGAUGGAACACUUGGUGACGCCGUUAGAGGUUGUUGGCAUGUUCUAUUGGCAACCAUUCAGGUUAUGAUUUUUUCUCUACUUAGCUUGCAAGUUAUAAGACCCGAUAACUUCAGCAACUGUAUGGCUGCGCUAGCCGUGGCUACCGGUGCAUUUGUGGUGGCGCUGCCCAAAUCGACACACUUGUUGACUAAAAGGAUUGCAUAUGGACAGCUUGUGAUAGUAUAUGUGAGCACAGUUAUACAUGGUGCUCAAGAAGGAGUGGCUACGCAUUCAAUUCAUGUGGCUUGUUCCACUGCACUUGGAGCUAUAGCUUCUGUUCUGGCCAUGUUGCUGCCCCUGCCCUAUCCUCGGUUUGCUUACAAUGAGGCAAGGAAGUUCAACCAACUAUACAUUGAGAAUACAUCUGAGAGAUUAAAUUGCAAUAUAGAGGCCAUCUCAGCCUCAGACAACUCAACUGCUGUUGGUUUUAUAACUAAAGCCAAGUACCUCUCCACAACAGGAGCCAAGCUUCUCCAUAGUAUCACAACUACACUGGAUGGCAUGCAUUGGGAGAGACCUCAGACACUAAUUUCCAACUCUUGUUGCAUUGACCCGGAAGAGAAACUGCAAGAUUUGGAAAUACCAAUAAGAGGGAUGGACAUUGCUCUAUCGAGCGGCAUGUCUUUUCCUGUUGGUGUUAUUGAUGAGGAGCUAAGAGGUGUUCUGCUCAAUUGCAGAGAACAAAUCAGCCAAAAAUUAGACCAGCAAGCGAAAUGCUUUGUUCCUUUUGAUACAACCACAACUCAAGAAAUGAAACAAGACAUUUUCAACAAAAACCCUUCCAUAGCCUACAAAAAUCUCCCAACAUCAUUCUUUUUAUACUGUGUGCAACUACUCCGAGAUGACUUGUCUAUUUCAAAGAAAACUGACCAUGUGCAGAAAAAAGCUCAGAAAAAUGAUGAUUCCCAAUGUAGCUCCAACAAGCUCAGAGAGCGUUUGAUGAACUUGAUUCCCAGCAACCAAAGCUUGAUCUUUGCAUUUAAGUCCUCUCUGUCAUUAGGCUUUGCUGUGUUCUUUGGUUUGAUAUAUGAUAGGGAUAAUGCAUAUUGGUCAGGACUCACAAUUGCAAUUAGUUUCGUGACUGGACGACAACCAACAUUCUCAGUUGCAAAUGCGAGAGGUACAGGAACAGCUAUGGGAUCAAUCUACGGGAUCAUAUGUAGCUUCAUUUUCCAAAGAUUUGUGGACUUAAGGUUCUUAGCUCUCAUACCAUGGGUCAUUUUCUCUUCUUUUCUUCGGCAAAGUAGAAUGUAUGGCGAAUCUGGGGCAAUUUCGACAGUUAUAGGGGCCUUGUUGAUCCUUGGUAGGAAGAACUAUAGUACCCCGACUCAAUUUGGUGUUGCUAGAAUGGCAGAGGCUACAAUAGGACUCACUUGCUUCAUCAUCAUGGAGAUUAUAUUAAGCCCGUCAAGAGCUGCAACCCUAGCAAAAUCAGAACUUUCUCAAACCUUGAGAACGCUUCAAGAUUGCAUUAAGCAGAUUGCCAUGAUUACCCCUAACGAAAGAGAUACGUCGCCUUCAAGUUAUCAAGCACUGAGAGAAGAGCAAAAGAAGCUUAAGUCUCUUGUGUGUCGAUUAAGAGAAUUUACAGCAGAAGCUGAAAUGGAGCCAAAUUUCUGGUUCGUACCAUUUCAUACUACCUGCUACAGCAAUAUGCUGGGUUCUCUAUCAAGGAUGGUAGAUCUCUUGCUUUUUGUGGCAUACUCAAUGGAGCAUGUUUCACAAUUGACACAAAAAGAUGGAGUAAUUUGGAUGGACAUUCAAGGUCAAGGGAAUGAGAAUGUGAAGAUUUUUAAGAACAGAGUUGCCCCAAUAUUGAAAAGCUUGGAAGAAAUAACAAGGACGAAGUCUAUUAAGAAACUUGAAAAUGAGUUGGAGAGCAAAAAUGUUCCUCGCGAUCUCGAGUCACAAGAAUAUCUCAAUGCAGAUGCAUUUGGGAUCUUGAACAGAGAUGAAGAGGUUGAUAGCAUUACAAACUCUUUCCUCCAACAUCUAGAGGAAAUUGCUGACAAAACUCUUACCAACAAAGAUGAGGAGAUGCUUAAGAUUCAGAUUCUUUUUCAUUACAGCUGCUUCGGAUUCUGCACCGGUAGCUUGAUGAGAGAAAUAACCAAGAUUGAGGGUGAAAUAAAAGAACUGCUUAUAUGGGAGAACCCCGCAAGUCAAACAAACUUCAAAGAAAUUCACUCUAAGAUCAACGCUCUGCAUUCAUAGUAAAUCUAGCACUAGACUCAAAAAUGACCGAAACAAGUGGCUUAGAUUUACGAGUUGACCAAUUACAUGUACAUUGUAUCUUAUAAUUUUUUUUUUAUCAGAGGUAGUAUCGUAUAUAAAAUCAUCCAAUUGAAAAGACAAAGUGAUCCAAUUCCAAAAACUAACUUUUGAA